AACCCUUGAAUGAGUAGGUGUGUCCAAACUCUUGACUGGUACUGUAUGCUUCAGUAAGGCUGGUUUCUUAGCGUUCAUAGCAAUGGUUAUCAACUGUGCCAGAGAGAACGUAAAUCACAGAAAAUAUAUAUUGUGGUGGAAACUGCAGAUAAGUAUUUUGGUACACGAGAUCUGACUUCAGAAGAGUUACAGGAGCAGAUAGCGUCAAAGUAGUGGAAUGGGGUAGAGGGUUCUUAAUGAGUGUAGUUUUUUUAAAUGAAAUAGUGGUGUAUAGGUAUAGGGUUAGUUGGUGGUGCAAGUAUUAAUAUUUAUUUUCAUUUUACGAACAAGAAUAAUUCAGAUAGGUUGGCCGUGACUGGCCUCACACUUCAGUACAGUAGGUGGCAGUGCACCUUAAAGCUGUAUCCGCAGACUCAUCUCCAACGAAGAAGAAGAGCGCCUCUGUCUCCAGUCAGCAAGGAAAGGUGUCGUUUUCAAGACUGCAACAAACUGGUAGCUAUUUGAGAUGUCCAGGAGAAACAAGAAAACAAUGGUUUAGAAGAGGUAUCUAAAGAAGAAGAUGGGGAAGAAUACAACCCAGAGCACGAUGAAUCAUCUUCAGAUGGAGAAAUCCCCCAAGCUGAAAGAUACAUUUUUGUCAAAGAACAGCAAAAUAACAUGGUCCUUGUCACCAUAUGACAACCAGGGCAGGAAGGCAGCACAAAUGUCAUAAGGAUGGCCCCAGGGCCCACAAGGCAUGCAGUUGCCCAGGACAUUACCUCAACAUUCUACAUGUUUCUACAAAAUUGGAGACAACUCGAAAAGGAUGGAUGAGGUUGACCUGCGUGUCUAUAUAGGGCUGCUAAGGGCCUGAGGCGAGGCUACAUGUAGUCUCUGGGAUGCAGAGAGUGGAAGGGCGAUUUUCCGUGCCAUGAUGCCACAGUCUUUCACACGGUCUCAAGAAUGCUAAGAUUUGAUAACUGAGUCAAGAUGUGUGAGAGACAAACUGGCAGCCAUAAGAAGUGGGUGGAGUGUCUGCCAUACCUCUACAACCCUGGGCCUAAAGCAACUGGUUCUAUUCAGAGGUCACUGUCCUGUCCGGCAGUAUAUGCCCAGCAAGCCAGCAAAGUAUGGCAUCAAGAUAUGGGUGGCCUGUGACACACAAUGCAGCUACGCUUGGAAGAUGCAAGUCUACACAGGGAAGCCGACCAGUGAAGGCCCGGAGAAGAACCAGGGGAUGCAGGUUGUGCUUGGUGUGACAGAUCGACUGAUGGGGCACAAUGUCCCGUGGGACAAUGUCUUCACCUCUUAUCAACUCAGCCAGCAGCUCCAGAAGAAGAUCACCAUGGUUGGCACAGUUAGAAAGAACAAGCCUGAGAUCCCCCUGCACUCCUCAACACAAAGUGGGAGAGAGGCCUUCUCAUCAAAGUUUGCCUUCACCACCACUCUAGUUUCUUACCUCACAAAGAGGAACAAGAAUAUGGUCCUCCUGAGCACAAUGCACAAAACGGCUAAGAUCAGUGAUCAUAAGGACAGGAAGCCAGAUAUCAUCCUGGACUACAACCACAACAAAAGAGGUGUGGACAAGGUGAUUGGAACUGACAGCUGCAGGAUGACUGCCCGCUGGCCCCUGGUCAUCUUCCAUAACAUCAUUGAUGUGUCCUCAUACAAUGCCUUCGUGAUAUGGAACAAGAUCAACCCUACCUGGAUGCCUGAUAAGUGGAACAAGAGGAUGUUCCUGGAGCAGCUGGGAAAGGCUCUUGUAACCCCACACAUUCAAAGAAAGGAGAGCCAAAGGACUGUAAAACAAAUACCAUGUGCUGCACAUGUGAGAAAUACAUCUGCAAAGUCCAUGCACACACACUUGCAUACUUUCCUACAUGUGCUAGUAGAGUUCAUUGAUUUAUGUUCACAUUUUUGUUUUGUAUCUAGUUUAUUGUUUAUACACCUUGUGGGUGGGGGCAAUGGUUAAAACAUGUGAGAAGACUAGUCUUUUGUAGUUGAAUUCCUCAUUGUACAGUGUAUAAGUAUAUAUCACUAUGUUGCCAAAAAGGUUCAAGAUGUAUUGUUUCCCUUCAAUAUAAUGCAAUCAAGACUACUUUUCACAUUUCUGCUUCUUUCUUAGGCAAUACAAGUGCUGUCUCUUGCACACAAGUUUACACCUAUGCAGUACCUUAAGCAAUAAUAAUAAUAAACCUCUACUUUAGUAAAUAACUAUUGAUAGGUGUGUUAAGAGUGGUGUAGACUGCAUUUAAUCAGUCUUUCUGCAUGGUGAAGAGGGAAAACCCAGAUAUUCAAAGUUUGAAGAAUGACGGGUUGUUUCUUCAUGCAAAAUAGAUUUGGCAUUUAAAAUUCAAUUAAGCUACUUUAUUUUAGGGGUUUAGUGAAGGCGGGCCACUUUUUUUACCCUUAAGACAAGGGGAGUAUACAGAAUGUUAAGACUACACAAGGGUUGUUUAAGACAUGAAGGUCAGCCAAUCUGGAGAAUUUCAAAGGACUUUGAAAGAUUCUUAAGUUGUAUUUGCAAAAACCAUCAAGUGCUAUGAUGAAACUGGCUCUCAUGAGGACCGCCACAGGAAAGGAAGACAGAGUUACCUCUGCUGCAGAGGAUAAGAUCAUUAGAGUUAACUGCACCUCAAAUAAAUGCUUCAGAGUUCAAGUAACAGACACAUCUCAAAAUCAACUGUUCAGAGGAGACUGCGUGAAUCAGGUCAUGGUCGAAUGGCUGCAAAGAAACCACUAAUAAGAGACUUGCUUGGGUCAAGAAACACGAGCAAUGGACAUCAGGUGGAAAUCUGUCCUUUGUUCUGAUGAAUCCAAAUGAGAGAUUUUUUUGAUCCAACCACUGUGUCUUUGUGAGAUGCAGAGUAGGUGAACGGAUGAUCUCUGCAUGUGUGGUUCCCACUGUGAAGCAUGGAGGAGGAGGUGAACGGAUGAUCUCUGCAUGUGUGGUUCCCACCGUGAAGCGUGGAGGUGGUGGUGUGAUGGUGCUUUGCUGGUGACACUGUCAGUGAUUUAAUUAGAAUUCAAGGCACGCUACCACAGCAUUCUGUAGCGAUAUGCCAUCCCAUCGGGUUUGGUCUUAGUGGGACUAUCAUUUGUUUUUAAACAGGACAAUGACAGAACACACCUCCAGGCUGUGUAAGGACUAUAAGAAGGAGAGUGAUGGAGUGCUGCAUCAGAUGACCUGGCCUCCACAAUCACCCGACCUCAACCCAAUUGAGAUGGUUUAGGAUGAGUUGGACCGCAGAGUGAAAGCAAAGGCUCAGCAUAAGUGGGAACUGUUGGAAAAGCAUUCCAGGUGAAGUUGGUUGAGAGAAUGCCAAGAGUGUGCAAAACUGUCAAAGGAUGUCUACCUUGAAUCUGAAAUACAAAAUAUAUUUUGACUGAACACUUUUCUGUUACUGCGUUGUUUCAUAGUUUAUGUCUUCACUAUUAUUCUACAAUGUAGAAAAUAGUCAAAAUAAAGAAAAACCCUUGAAUGAG